AUGAUUGACGAUCAAGACCUUGGCUUCAUUGCCAAUUUUCUGGGCAUCUUCAUUUUUGCUCUGGUAAUUGCUUAUCACUAUGUCACGGCUGAUCCAAAGUAUGAGACCAACUAAGUCUUAUUGGCUAUACAAUAAAUAGAUGCUACUUAGUUUUUUUUUUUUUCUUUUUCUUUCUUUUGUAGACUCUGAGCUCUGCUCUCUUACAACUACUAUGGAUUGAGAUUUUGUGUU